AUGAAAUUAGGGCCAUUAAAUGUGUUCUCAGUGUCUCCAUCUAUUGCGAAAACACUUUGCCGUUCACUGUUACCCUCACCUUGGAGUGACCUAUCACCUGAAGAAAUAACCAUUGAACCAAUAACCACCGGUCGAUCAAAUCGCCUGUUUAUCUGUACCCGGCCAAUAAUCGUACCACAAUCAACUAAUUGUGAUACAAUUUCUUCUGAAACCUGUUCAUGUUCAUCUUCAUCAUCAACCACCAGUUCCUCAUCUCCUGUUAUACUUUUAUCACCUGAAAUCUGUUCCCAACCAUCAUCAUCUUCAGAUGAUGAUUCUGAUUACAAUCCUAACGGUGACUUAAUUAAUACUCUUACUAAGCGGGAAUCUGCCAGUAAACUUCAUAAGGUAAUCGUACGUUUCUAUGGAAGUGACCUGACAGGUGAAGGUAAUAGAUACAAAUGUGUCUCCGAUGAAGAGGAGAUUAAAAUUUUAACCAUUCUAUCAGCUCGGUAUAUGUCACCCAAUGUAUUGGCCGUUUUUCCCGGCGGACGAAUCGAUGAGUAUAUUGAGUCGGUAACUUUUUCGCCCAAACAAUUGGGUCAUAUUGAUAUUUUAACCAUUCUAGCGGGUAAAAUAGCUCAAUACCAUUCGACACCAUUUAAAUGUGAACGAAUCUAUGAUCUUGUUGAAAUAUUUCGUGAUAAUAUUUCCCAAGCAAUCAAAAUUUUAUCCACAUACGAUGAGACAAAUCUAAAUGAUGAUCGCUCAGAAUCAUCAAUUCUGUUAUUAAGGAAAAUUAAAAAUUUCCUAACCGGUAAACCUGCUGACCAAUUGACCAGAAAAUUUGUCAAUGUCAAACAUAAAACGGUCUUUGCUCAUUUUGACCUAAAUUAUACUAACUUUUUAUUUCCCAAAAAGUCAAACAAUUUACUAGAAACUAAAUCAACGUUUGAUGUUAUGAUUAUCGAUGUGGAAAACAGUGCAAACAAUUUUCGUGGAAUCGAUUUGGGAAAAUUUUUCGCUGAACUUUGUAUUGGUGAUGGUUCUCAAGAUUUAUAUUAUAUUCCUGAUUCAGCAAUUGAAAUAUUCGUCGAUCAUUAUCUUAAUGAAUGGAAAUCAAUAGUCCCUCCUGAACAAUAUGACCCAGAGACCGAUAAUCAUGAUCAUUUGCUCCUCGAAUUACAAACUGGCUUCUUAUACAAUACGAUAUUCAACAUGGUCUGGAAUGUAUUACAUCCCAAUUUUGGGACACACGAUUUCCUCCGCAAUACUGCCCUUCGAAUCGACGUCUUUAAUCACUACAAUCAACUAUGGUCACAAAUCAAUCAAUAGAAUCAACCACUUUCACAAUGGAAACCAAGUAAUCACUUCAAUCGAAAAACUAAUCAGUACAAUAUUUCUUUUUAUUCUUUUAAUCACUUCCCUUAUUCAUAUAUAUAUAUAUCGAUAAUCAUUUAAAUAAUUGACAAAAAAACCGACAAUUUAUAUUGAUUGUUUGACAGUUUUUCCACAAAAAAAAAUCACGCAAAAAUCAAUUAAUUGCUUCAGGACAUUUGAAAAGGUCAACAAUUGAUUUCUUUUUCUCCUGUUAAUCGUAAUUAUCAAAGACCAAAGUUGAUUAUUAAAUAAAAAAACAAAAUGCUUGAUAUGAUUA